CAAGGCAGCCAGGAAGAAGCUGUGAGGGGAGCGGACCGUGAGUGAGCGGCUAUGGGCUUCAGAAAAGGCUGAGGACUUUUCCAGCUUGGGUUGCCACCAUGGGCACCGCAUCCUCUUUGGUCAGCCCCGGGGAGGUGAUUGAGGAUGGGUAUGGGGGUGAAGGUGGGGAAGCCUGUGAGAUACCGGUCGAGGUGAAGCCCAAAGCCCGACUCCUGCGCAGUUCCUUCCGCCGAGGACCACGGGUGAUCGGGGCCAGUUUCAAAUCCACAGGAUCAGUGGAUCUGGAGUAUGCUGCAGAGUAUGAAAGACUCCGUAAAGAGUAUGAAAUCUUCCGGGUCAGCAAGAAUAACGAGAUCUCAUCUAUGCAGAAGAAGGAGGCCAAGCUGGAUGAGGAGAACAAGAGGUUGAGGGCUGAGCUACAGGCUUUGCAGAAAACCUACCAGAAGAUCCUCAGAGAAAAAGAAAGUGCUCUUGAGGCAAAGUACCAAGCUAUGGAGAGGGCUGCCACCUUUGAACAUGACAGGGACAAAGUAAAACGACAGUUUAAGAUUUUCCGGGAGACAAAAGAAAAGGAGAUACAGGACUUGUUGCGGGCUAAAAGGGACUUAGAGGCCAAACUGCAACAGCUGCAGGCUCAGGGCAUCCAAGUCUAUGAUCCAAAUGACUCUGAUUCAGAUGACAAUCAAACCACUGUCACUGCUGCAGGGACCCAGUGUGAGUACUGGACUGGUGGAGUGCUGGGAAGUGAGCCCUCUAUGGGCAGCAUGAUGCAGUUGCAACAGACCUUCAGAGGACCAGAAUUUGCACACAGUUUAAUAGAUGUGGAGGGACCCUUUGCAAACGUGAGCAGAGAUGACUGGGAUGCUGCAGUGGCCAGUCUUCUUCAGGUCUCACCUCAUGUGCCCCAAGCCUUAUGGAGUAACACAGUGCGCUGCUACCUGAUCUUUACCCCAGAGACCAAAGCUGAACUGGAUAUCUUUAUUAAGAAACACUCCUCUGUGUUACGGCGAAUGUGUGAGGGUCUUGGCCAUUUCUACCUGAAUGUCUGCUUCCCAGAGGAGAACGCUGCUUCAUACACUGUGGAGCGCAAGCAGGAGAUUGAAAGGAGUUCUGUGUGUGUACUUCUUCUCAAAUCCACAGUCACAAGCUCUGUGGUGGAGGACUGCGAGGAGGCUUUUGUGAAGAAUCCAGAUGGCCAUCCACUAGUGCUCUACCUGAGAACUGAAGAAGGUCACAAUUUGACUGGACCCAUCAGGCAACUGCUGGAACGGGUCAAUGCUGCAGACAAGGCUGCUAAAAUCAAGGUGGUGGAUCAUAGUGGCUCUACAGAGGAGGGGGCCAACCUGAUAUAUGCUCAACUAGAGAAAGUCAUCAAACAGGAGCUGUUGGGUCUUGAAGGAGCAGAUGUUGACUCUAAGGACUCUGGGAUAGAGGAGGGGCACGAGGAGGACUCAGGAGACGUGCUGUGGGACCUGCAUGAUGAGCAGGAACAGAUUGAGUCUUAUCAGCAGGCUUGUAGUAGCACCACCUCACAGUUAGGCUUCCAAAAGUAUAUAGAUCGUUUGAAUGAUAUGAUAGCUGCUCCUCCUCCCACACCGCCUCUGCUGGUAUCUGGUGGUCCAGGCUCAGGGAAGUCUCUCUUGCUGUCCAAAUGGAUCGAGCUGCAGCAGAAACAAUCCCCCAACACCUUGUUCCUUUAUCAUUUUGUUGGUCGCCCACUUUCCACAAGCUCAGAGCCAGUUCUCAUUAUCAAACGCCUCACAGUCAAACUGCUGCAGCACUUCUGGUCCAUUUCUGGUUUGUCCAUGGAGCCUAGUAAGAUCUUGGAGGAGUUUCCCCGCUGGCUUGAAAGACUAUCAGCACGACAUCAAGGAAACAUCAUUAUCAUCAUAGACUCCAUUGACCAAAUACAGCAAGCAGAAAGACACAUGAAGUGGCUGAUCGACCCUCUCCCUGUCAACGUCAGAGUGGUUGUGUCUGUCAAUGUAGAGACGUGCCCUCAAGCUUGGAGGUUGUGGCCCACACUCCACUUAGACCCACUUAGUCCCAGAGAGGUCAGGAGUGUUGUUAAUGCGGAGUGUCAGAGCGUGGAUCUCAAACUUACCAAAGAUCAGGAAAAGAAGCUGGAGAGGCACUGUCGCUCUGCAUCGACCUGCAAUGCAUUGUAUGUCACACUGCUGGCAAGAAUGAUCACCAGCAGUAGAUCAUGUUGGUCACUGGAGAAGAGCCUGGAGCAAUGUCUUCACUGUCAGGACACCAUGUCAUUAUAUCGCCUGGCCCUUAAGAUGACGCUGAACUCUCUCAGCACAGACAGAGAACGACACAUUAUGAGAGAGAUACUGUGCCUUGUAUGUGCCAGCCAUAAUGGAGUGAGUGAAUCAGAGGUACUAGAUCUUUUCCCAGAGGUAGAGUUGCCUGUUCUGUCCUCUCUGCUCUACCACCUGAACAGACUCUGCAUUGUAACCCUCCGCUGUGGACUCAUCAGGUUUCAACACCUGCAGGCUUGGGAAGCUGUUAGGCUGGAAUUCUUGGAUGGAGGAAGCAGCUCUGCUACUUACAGAGAGAAGCUAAUCCAUUACUUCAACCAACAACUCAGCCAGGACCGAGUGACGUGGCGUGUUGCAGAUGAACUUCCCUGGUUGCUACAGCAGCAGGAGGACAGAGCUAAACUACAGCUCAGCCUCUUGAACCUGUUUGUUUCCCAAAACCUCUACAAGAGGGGUCAUUUCUCUGAGUUGCUGGCCUAUUGGCAGUAUGUGGGGAAAGACAAAAGCUCCAUGGCCACUGAGUAUUUUGACUCUCUGAAACGCUAUGAGAAGAGCUGUGAGAGUGAAGACAGCAUGACCAAGCUCGCAAAUUUGUAUGAAACUUUGGGGCGUUUCCUCAAAGACCUUGGCCUUCCUAGUCAGGCUGUAGCGCCUUUGCAGAGAUCUCUUGAGAUCCGAGAGACGGCCCUGGAUCCGGACCAUCCCAGCGUUGCUCGUUCUCUGCACCAGCUGGCUGGAGUUUAUGUCCAGUGGAAGAAAUAUGGCAAUGCUGAGCAGCUGUACAAGCAAGCCCUCGAGAUAAGCGAGAAUGCGUAUGGCGCGGAGCAUGCCAGUGUGGCACGAGAACUGGAGUCACUCGCUAUGCUUUAUCAGAAGCAAAACAAGUAUGAACAAGCAGAGAAGCUCAGGAAGCGGUCCGUGAAGAUCCGUCAGAAGACUGCUCGCCAGAAAGGUCAUAUGUAUGGCUUCACUUUGCUGAGGCGCAGAGCUCUGCAGCUGGAGGAGCUGACCCUGGGAAAAGACUCUGCAGACUGUGCUAAGACACUCAAUGAACUGGGUGUCCUGUACUACCUCCAAAACAACUUAGAUGCAGCCAAGGUGUUUUUGACCCGCUCUCUGGAGAUGCGCCAGCGUGUCCUCGGUCCAGAUCACCCGGACUGUGCUCAGUCCCUCAACAACCUUGCUGCGCUGCAUACUGAAAGGAGGGAGUACGAAACAGCAGAGGACAUGUAUGAGAGGGCGCUAGACAUCCGCAAGAAAGCCUUGUCCCCUGACCACCCCUCUCUGGCAUACACACUCAAACACCUGGCCAUGCUCUAUAAACGCAGAGGGAAGCUGGAGAAGGCGGUUCCACUUUAUGAGCUGUCUUUGGAAAUCAGGGAAAAAAGUUUUGGACCCAAACAUCCCAGUGUGGCCACAGCACUGGUCAACCUGGCAGUGAUCUACUGUCAGCUGAAAAAGCACAGUGAAGCCUUGCCCCUUUAUGAGAGAGCACUUAAAGUGUACGAGGACAGUUUGGGGCGCUCACAUCCACGAGUCGGAGAGACACUAAAAAACCUGGCUGUGCUCAGCUACGAAGAGGGUGACUUUGAGAAGGCGGCUGAGCUGUACAAGCGUGCCAUGGAGAUUAAAGAGGCAGAGCCAUCAUUAGUGUGCGGUAACGCCCCGUCUCGCCAUUCCUCCAGUGGAGACACGUUCAGUCUGAGGGGACCUGCUCCACUCCCACAUGCCCCGAGGUGACUCUCUUCAGCCGCUGACAGUACAAAUAUAGAGCAGCAGAAAUAUAAAAUCCCAUGGUUUCAUCAAAAAGGGAAGCAUCCUGGUCGUCACACUGUGAUCGUCGUCUGGAUGGAGGCUUUAGGGACAUACUGUACCUACCAGUAGAAUAAUGAAGUCUACCGUAUUAGUCUGUGAAACCUGUGUAUUUACCAGAAGUAUUUAUUAAUAUGUAAUCAUGUCUGUAUGACACUCUGAACAUCUGUUGAAUCAGUCCUUUCACGGGCUUGGAUCUCAGGUUUACACAACUCAGUACAGAUAUCUUUUGGCAUGAAAUCACUCCAUCAUUGAGGGAUUGUCAUACUCUAUGAUGAUUAAUGAGCACAUUAUGGGCUUUAGGUUACAACUCUCAUCCAGAAGACCUCAGUUUUUCAGAAGUUGAAGAAACGUACAGUAGAUUUUUUUUUUGGAAGGAUUACAAUGAACUCAGAAUCCACAUAAGCAUUUAUGGCUACAAGUGAAAGAACCUAAAAAUCCAGUACAAAAGGAGUUUCUCAACUUCUUCCUCCUGACAAUAACUAGCAGGACCAUCAGACCUCAAGCACUUUGAUUUUCAAAUCUACAUUGUGGACAUUCAGAAUGAGAAUGAUUUAGGAGCUGUCUGUUGUCUCUAACAUCAGAUGUGUCUUUUAUGAAAAAAUGUCAAGUUAAUUUUUUGUUUUAUAUUUAUGUUAAAUGCAACGUUUACCUAACAGUAUUAAGUAUGUAUUCUGAAAAGGGAACAUGUAGAGGCCAAAGUUAGAGUCCAAAACAAGCCAAGAGCACAUCUGAGGACACGAAAUCUCCGGUACCGUUUUUAUGCUGUGUUUAUACAAAACUAAAUGUAUUUAUUCAUGUACUACAGGUAUUUUAAGGGACUUGCCAAAAAAAAAAAGUUUCCAGGUUUAGGUACAAUAAAUUAACCAGUUCCUGUUUGACAGAAUGAACAUGAAGCCAAAAGGGAUGCAAUGUACCAAAACUUGCAGUCUCAGUGCCAAACACUUAUGUCUUUUAAAUGUUUUCAUAUAUCCAUGUAUCUAAAUCAUGUAAUUAAACUCUGUAAAAGCUGUACAGCACAGUCACAAGAAUCAUAUCCAACACGUCGAGAAGAUGUAUGCCAUCUAAUAAAUACUUUAUUGAGACAACUUAAA